UUCCUAAAUUCGAACGUUGGUUACCCCGACGUCAUCUUAACGCUAUUUCGACCUACAACUCCAACUACAUUGCAAUUUCGCUUUUCUUCUGCCCCUACCCAUUUAAAUAUGCGAUGCGAUUCAAGCUUUACCCGAUAGCUUUUCUGGUCUACGAUGGAGACCCUUUUGCCUCCUCCUCCCUCGCCGCCGGAAUCUCAAACGGUAACUGAGCACGAGUCUGCUACCGAACUCAAACAAGACUCAGAUCCAACAGUCGAAAAUCAUCCUCCUUCUCUGACGACUGUCACCAACAGGAAGAUGAUGAAGAAGAAGAAAAGAGUGAGCAAAGGUAAAGAUGAAGAAGUUAAAGAUGCCUCUUCAAUUGGGAUACCCUCUUCCGCUUCUUCUUCUUCUGUACAAAAAGGUAGGAGCUUGGUAUUAAGACGCCGAUGCUCUAGGUGCCGGUUCAGUGUGGCUCGGCGUGGUGACGGUGGUGACUUGGCGCUUCCUCUGGGAAUGUCCUUCGCAGCUGUUGUUGCACAGGUUCUGGAAAGGCAAGAUGCAACGUGCGAAAGGAUGUCUGCUGAUGAUCUCUCAGCGAUCUGCACUUCAGCUGUCAGAGAAUCUUUAGCCAAUGUUUUCGGAGGCAAGUCUGAUUUUUUUGUCAGGAACUUUGAAAAAUCAUUUGGAAGCACAUUGAGGACUCUUAGAUUGAUUAAUGAAUCAUCUUUUCCCAAGGGAAAUUGUCUCUCAGCCAACCAAAAUGUAGAAGUUUCUAACUCAGAUGUAGAUUGUACAAGCAAUUCUGAUACAAAUAGUUUUCACUCAGACACAGACCUGCCAUCCAAUGCAACUCAUAACAGAUUUCACUCAGAAACAGACUUGCCAUCCAUUGUGACUAAUAACAGAUUAAAUACCUGUGAAGAGGUAGCAGAGAAUGUAACAACUAACUCAGUGGAUCAGGGAAUUGCCCUGCAUGGAGAUGCUAACCAACUAGCUUGUGUCACUUCAAGGACAGGUUCUUCAAUAAACCAGUCAAUGCUCAGCACAUUGAAGAAAUCCUUUAUGGAGCAAGUUCGGUCUAACAACCUUAAAAAACUGGAGCUUGGACUUACCAUGAGAAAGUUGAAACUAAAAGAGACACAGCUAGCUCUAAACCUUGAUUCAAAUCAUCUGGAGAGAUCAAAAUUAGCAGUGGGUGCAUCAAAGGCUUCCUUUAAAGCUGAAAAAUUCAAGAAUCAAUUAGAAGACACAAGACAUGCGGAACUGCAAAAGAAGUGCAUUGACUGUCUUGUGGCUGGUUUGUUCCUCAUGUCACUCUCACUUUCAUAUGGUGCUUAUGUUUUUUCGUAUGAGAGGAUCACUGAAGCUACGACUUCAUGUACUCCUUCACUUGAGGAGACUAAGGCCUGGUGGAUGCCAAAGCCUAUGGCAUCUUUGAAUUCAGGGCUGCACUCUCUCAAGUGUCAGGUUCAAGUUGCUAGCCGAAUGUUGUUUGGUGUCCUGAUGAUUCUCACAGUUGCUUACAUGCUCCUUCAGCGCUCAGUAACUACAAAACAGACAAUGCCAAUCACAUUUAUACUCUUGCUAUUGGGAUUUGCUUGUGGUUUGGCUGGGAAGUUUUGUGUAGACACAUUGGGAGGAAGUGGAUACCAUUGGCUCUUCUAUUGGGAGAUCCUCUGCUUGCUGCAUUAUUUCUCAAAUGCCUGGACAUCAGCACUGUUCUUCAUCCUCCACGGACCUGUUAACAUGUCUCAAGGGAUGAAAAGCGGCACAAUGUUUCCAUACUGGAUCCGUAGACUAUUAUUCUACUGUAUUAUCCUUUUCUGUCUGCCAUUGUUGAGUGGUCUUAUGCCUUUUGCCAGCCCAUGUACAUGGAAAGAUCACUUCAAGCUGCUGGUCCAUGACUUGCUGUCAAACACCAGUGAUUGAAGCUUUAAGGAAUGUGGAAUGCAAAUGAAAGUCCUGCAGGCAGCAGAUCCUGAUCUGGUUGUCAAUCUACUUUGUUGACAUUCCAAGUAGUCUGUGCUCUUGGGCUAGCAGCUGCUUGAGAGGCAUGUAUCUUGUAUUUUAUUGUCAAAUUAUUUUACUUCAUAAAUUAGAAAACCUAUUAAGAGGGUUAUCUUUUAUAUUAUCCAGUAAAAAUCAAUGGCAAAU